CGAAUGUAAACGGAAGUCGAAGAGCAGGAAUGGCCGCCAUUGCCUGUGCAUUGCUGGUUCUGUGCGUUGCACAUUCGGUGGUGUGCAUCACCCCGAAAAAGGCCGACUCGAGCGGCUCUCUUCAGACCCAGCUCGAUGAAGGCUAUGGACGGCGGGAGCAGCAGCCCGUGGGCGGACUGCGGCAAGGCCAGCACAAGAUCCGAGGCGCGGCCGGCACCUUGCAACACAGAAAUAUCACCCGCAGAUCCUUCUUUGCACAACCCAUGAUCGUGACGGAAAGCCAAGGCGUCUUGUCCCUCCCUGAUGCAACCGACCAUUCUGAAGGCUUCAUCGGUGCCUUUGACCGCCCGCCGCCUCCUCGCGCAGAAGCAGCCGCAGCACUCAUCACCCCGCUCAAUCGCACCCACGACGGCAGGCAUCAAGAUGAGGGCCUGACGGCCGUCAUCGAACAGGGCGGUGCAUCGAGGUCAAGGCAGUUUCGCAUGGCGGUUCGGUCGGGAGGCAUCUUAUCGCCAGGCGAUGGGCUUAAAGACGACGGGCAGGGGCACCACGUGCGGUGGGUGCCCAAUGCGAUGCUACCUAAUUCGCCGCCCUUCCUCUUGACGGCAAGGCCGCCGACAGCUGUGCGGCUCCCUUCUCACUUUAGGCCAGCCUUGUACGACCAGUUUGACCGGGAUUCCCUGAACCUUAACAAGUUCAUGUACCGGCAGCCAGGACAGCUGUGCGGCCGCAACUCGUACUGCGACCCCAGUUACGUCACUCAGGAGAACGGCAAGCUGGUCAUCAAGCUGCGCUACCUCGAGACGCCUUUGCCGUACACCAAGUCCAAGUACACGACAAAGGCAGAUGGCUCGCGUGUAAAGGUGCAACAGACGUGCUAUGCCUGGUUCUCGGGCGGAGGCAUCAUCACAAGACAACGAUACACGUAAGCGAAUCGCCAGUCAGUCGGAAAGAGACGACUCUCUGAGGUCCGUCUGUCUGUGUCUCUGGUGUGCUGCAGGUACGGUUACUUCGAGACACGUGUCAAGAUGACCAAGACGCCUGGAUGGCACGAGGCCUUCUGGACGUCAUACUCAGACGGAGGCAACAACCUGCACCCGAUGACAUACGGAGCCCGGAGCGAGCUCGACGUCUUUGAGCACUUCGGCUCUUUCGGCCCCUCCGAGUUCUACUACGGCGUCUACAGAUGGACGGGGGGCGGAGGCGGCGUGCCCCUGAGACUCGAGCGGCUCACCGGCAGCAGAUGGCAGCCCGGCCAACAAAUCGAACUGACCAAAAAAUACCACAAAUUCUCCCUCUUGUUCGACAGAGAGCGGGCGGCCUGGUACCUCGACGGCAGCCUCAUCCACGAGGUGAGGGCCAAGAAGGACCCAAGUGCGCCGGAUGGGCCGUACGAGAAGAUCCCCAAGAACCUGUUUCACGUGUGGCUGUCGACCAUUACCAACUACCGGACGGAGGGGGACACCACCAGCCCGCCUGACUGUUACUACGGCAGCAAGGAGGGCAAGGUGGUCAGUGGGGAGGGAGACGUGUUCUUCGACUACAUCACCAUAUACACCAUUGACUGACUGACGGACUGAGAAAGGAUCGGUUGAUAGGCUGAGAGAGUGUAAGGAAGGUGGCACGUAGGCAGGUAUCUAUCUGAUAGACAGACAUGGGCCCUUCUGUUUUAGUGA